AUGUGGAAGGUCAACAGCAUGAUCUCGCUGUUGAUGGGGGUGCAGAUACCGAACAGCCCCAAGAUAAACUGAACUAUGAACCAAAUGACCAAACGCUGGAUAUUGGUCUCGGCGAUGGCUCAAGAUCUUACGAUGAUGAAUUGUCAAAUCCCCUGUCAAAACCUCUAGAAGGUAAGAACUACCAGGAGGUUCUACCUAAAGUGAUUAACACAAAACAACGUAAUGAUACCACAUUCGGAAACAAGAUUACCCUAGGCGGUACUGAAUAUGAUGUUGAUGUUCCUGAAAGUGUAAGAGUUCGGCAAUUGUUGAAGGAAGCCGUGAUAAACGCUUCGAAACUGGUUGAUAA